GGUAGGCUCACUGCGUGGGUGUGGGGGAUGACAGAGAAGGUUCGCUGUUUGGACCGCUGUGUUUGUGUUCCUUGUCUUUUACCUGCUUUCCCAUCUCCAUCCUUCAUCAUCAUCAUCCCCUACAUUUGACACAUUCCCUCCUCAUCCCUCUCUUUCUCUCUCUCUCUGUCUCUCUCUGUUACUUGGUCGCCCCUACCUAAUCUCACUACUAUAUCCGCAAUCAUAAUGACUGAAGCCCCAAUGCACCCGGCUCCCGAGCCAGUCAGCAAGGAUGUUACCGCAAAGGAUAUCGCCAACCUGUACUCCCGCAUCCACAACCUCAUCGAAACCGUCAAGGAGCCCCAGCAAAAGGCCUCUGCUGCCCUAAAGGAACCCACCCCUACAGAUCCCACGGCCGCAACCUCUGGUGCCAAUGGACAUGGUGUCGCUGCAACUCCUGGCGUCAACGGUUCAGCGCCGAGCGACGACACUGCCACCACCACAGCAAACAAGGACCAGGAUGAAGUUGUACUGAUCGAUGGCGAGUGCCCUUGUCAUAGAGUCUGCGCCAACCUCGCCACACGCGCGUGUGGACUCUGCGAGCGCAUUAUCCCAUCAUUGGCUGAGGCACAUAACGAACGUACUCUGCUUCUGGAGGACCUUGAGCAGACCAACAUCCGUUUGGCAGAGGAGCAGAAGCGUGCGUCGACCGAGGCAAUUGAUGCAGAAGUCUUGCGCAAGAAGGUCGAGGAUCUCGAGGAUGCCUUGGAUGCAAAAACUGACGACUACUUGAGUGCUCAGCGCGACCUGGCCAUUCUGAACGACAAGUACGUAGACGAGAUCGAGAAGGUCGCUGAGCUCCAGCACGCCAAGGAGAUGGUCGAGGGCGAACUGGAAGAGCUGAGUCGCACACUGUUUGAGGAGGCCAACGGCAUGGUGGCGUCGGAGGCCAGGGCAAGACAUCAGCUCGAGUUAACGCGUAAGCAUCUGGAACUCGAGCUUAAAGACGCUCAGGAACGCCUUGCGGCCGAGACUUCUCAGCUCAAGGAGCUCAAAACAAAGAUGGAGGCGAUGAUGGACACGCAGCCCCAGAGCAAACGCUCAUCGACAGAUCCUGCGAGCGGCAGCGUCGAUCUCGGUCAACUAUUUGGUCUGAACAAGAUUUCUGUGCCAGAGCCCUUGGCAGAGGAGCCCGCUACGACCAUUGCAAUUGAUGGACAUUUGAUGCAUGAGUUCAAGGAGUUUGUGGCUCAGAGUUCGACGGUUCGUCUGGCUAAGAUUCACAGCCUGCCAUUCAUGCGACAUUGCCAGGAUGAGGAUGUGGAGCCAUGCCUGCGUUUCGGAUCGAACCCCAGGAUUUCGGCCAGAAAGCUUACGGAGGGCAUCUGCACCAACACAUGCUAUAUUGAGGAGGCCACACCAGAACAGGUCAGGGAAUACGAACGCAUGGUCCAGGCAGCACAGCAGCCUCCUUCGCCCGCUCGCAACUCUGUCACCAACAAGAAUCUGCUCUGGGAGCGUCUCCAGACCCAGUAUGCCCUGUACCAGGCCCCUAAGGGCGGUUGCCAGACCUGUGGUCGGUCCGGUCCUCUGACCCACCGCUACCGCCUCGCGACCUCGGACGAGUGGAACUUUAUCGACCGGUUCUGUCGCGACCGCAUUGUCGCUGCCUGUGAAUUUUAUAUUUUCAUCCGCAACAUUCGGGCUGGAUUGUACUCGACACGCACGAUUGAGGAUCUCUUCUCAGAGAGUCUUCGUCUCCGUCUCCAGAUGUUCUACGCCCGUGCGGGAGUGCUUCCCAUUAUGUUGUCAGAGCUCGGAGUGUCGUCGCAAUCGAUCGGAAACAUGGGUCCUUCGGAAGAAUGGCCUGAGGGCGCCCAGGUAGAGGAUGGAGAGGAGCCGGAAUCGGCCAAGGUCUCGCUGGAGAAAAAGGCUGCAGUCGCACCAACUGCAGAUGAGGUAGAAGAGGCACAGCCUGUUGCUGAGGAAUCAAAGAUCGAGACGGCGACUGCGGCUGCGGUGGAUGGGAAGACCGUGACGGCGACCUUGGCUUCGGCUGGACCCGAGCCAACCAACCCCUGGACUACGGAGGAGAAGGAUGCUAUGGCGGCAGCGGCAGCGCAUUAAAGUGCUUUUUGUGUGUGUGCGUGUGUGUGUGUGUUUUUUAGCCCGUUCUUCUUUUUUUCAAAAUACCAACGUAGACGUUUUUCUUCUUUGUUGCUGUUGUCGUUGCAGAUCGCAUGGCUAUUUAUCGGCGGCGCUUGUUGCCAGUUAUACUUUU